AUGAGUGAAACGUCAGGCUGGAACUCGUUUUUCCACAAAAACACCUCGUAUGACACUUCCACACCCAGAUCUCCCUCUGCACAAUCGCAGAGACUAUCUUUUUUUCCGUAUAGAGAAGACGACGAUGAUCGCACAAGCCAAAUACCCUUGGAAAUGAAAUUAGAACAAGGCAAAACGAGAAGGGACAGUAGCGACCCGAAUAUACCCCAAAAUCCUUCAUUCUGGAUGGCACCCGAGAAUUCUGCAUAUUCUCCAAGUGCCCCACCUCCUUCUCAGUUGCAGGAUGAGCGAACUGAACAUUCCCCUUUCGAUGCGAGGGAGCGUCAACCCAAGCCAGAAAGCGACGAAGCAUAUGUCAAUCAGUUUUAUCGGGACGACGCUAAUGAGCGGUAUAGACAGUCUGUCAACCGGACUUACCAAGACUUUAAUCAGCCGUAUAGACCGCCUGAGAAUUCUACUUAUUAUGGUGGAGACCCUGACCCUGAUAAUAGGAAUAGUACGCAGGAACGUCCUGGGAAAGACUCAAUACCUAAAGCAUUAAGGGAUCCAAAAAUUUUGAAGCAACUACAUGACAGGAGGCCCUGGAAACCUUGGUUCAUAGUAACCGUAUCUAUCGCACAGGUCAUCGUGUUAAUAUUCGAAUACGUUAGUAAUAAGAAUAUCACUGGGGACAUUAUUGCAACAAGUCCAGUAUUUAAUCCUAUGAUUGGUCCAUCUUCUGAGGUACUCAUAUUAAUGGGAGCCCGCUUUGUGCCAUGCAUGCGUACUGUUCCUCAACUGACAAACAUGCCGUUUAUCUGUCCUAAUGAGACGACAAAGGUUUCGCCAGUACUAACAUGUAAACUGGAGGAUGUGUGUGGGUUUGGAGGAUUUCACAAUCAACCCCCCGAUCAGUGGUUUCGGUUUGUCAUUCCAAUCUUUCUUCAUGGUGGGAUUAUUCAUAUAUUAUUCAAUAUGUGUUUCCAAUUACAAACUGGAAUUCAAGUGGAAAAGGAAAUGGGAUUCUGGAGGCUUGGGAUUGUUUAUAUGGCGAGCGGAAUAUUUGGCUUUGUUCUUGGAGGGAACUUUGCUCCAGUAGCUGUUCCUUCAAUGGGCGCAUCUGGGGCGUUGUUUGGAAUAGUCGGUAUACUUGUUAUCGAUUUGCUCCAAAAUUGGCGCAUCAUCACCAGACCAUGUUGUGAAUUAACGAAACUACUUGCUAUGAUUUGUUUUACCUUCCUUCUCGGUCUUCUUCCUGGCCUUGAUAAUUUCUCACAUAUUGGUGGAUUCAUCAUGGGCAUAUUAACGGGACUCGUUUUUAUGCCAACUAUCAAAUUCUCUAAACUCCACUCAAGAAUUACAUGGGGGUUGAGGCUUGUUGCUUUUCCUAUUGCGCUUAUAUUGUUUAUAACGCUGACAAAGAACUUCUACACUACUAAUCCAAGCUCAAAUAAACAAGACGCUGCGAGGAUUACCAUAGCUUCCCCAAUUACUUUGGUGAGAAGUUAUAGUUCAACUUCGUUCGGCGAAAUUGUGGAUAGUGAUAAAUCAAAAGAUCCCUUUAGUUCACACGUGAAUCUAGCUAAAAGUUCAGACAUUGUCGAUGAUUUCCAUGACAGUGAUGCUAUAAUAUCUACUUUUGAUUUAUUUUCCAUUGGAAUAGGUCCAUCCUCAAGUCAUACGGUUGGGCCGAUGCGAGCAGCCAAGACGUUUGUUAAUGAUCUAAAAGCUUACAACAUUCUUUAUAGAGUUCAUUCCAUCCGUAUUGAUCUAUAUGGAUCGCUUGCGCUUACUGGUAAAGGCCACGGCACUCCUAAUGCUAUUUUAAUGGGAAUGGAGGGAGAAACACCCGAAGAGAUCGAGACGACUAGUAUAUUAGCUCGAGUCACCAAUAUACACGAAACAGAGACGCUCAAACUUGAUGGAUCACAUACGAUAAAUUUUGAUCCCACUCGUAGUCUGGUUUUCAAUUACACUGAAUCACUCCCUAAACAUCCCAAUGGAAUGCGAUUCUGUGUAUUCGAUGGACAAGGAGAUCUGUUAGCAACAAAUGAAUAUUUCUCGAUUGGAGGUGGAUUUGUAAUAAAUGAGAGAACUCAAAUCCAACAUGACGAGAACCUGUACCAUAAAGAAUGCGAGGAAGCAUUCAUGCCUCAAUUACGAAACAGUCAAGAUUUAGCAGCACUUCCAUUUCGCAAUGCAGGUGAACUGCUUAGUGUCUGCGAGCGAGAGAAUAUGACUAUAGCACAAGUAGUGUAUGAGAACGAACUCCGAUGGAGAGGAAAAGAAGAAAUACACAAAAAGAUAUUUGAAAUAUGGGAGACAAUGGAUCAGAGUAUUCGCAAUGGAUGCGUGGCUGAGGACACGUUUUUACCUGGGAGAUUGAACGUCCGUCGGCGAGCUCCUGCAUUAUAUAAAAAUUUGACAAAGCGUAUAUAUACAACGUCGCAAGUAAAAGAAGCUUUGUUGGUUGAAAACAAGACAAAAAGUCAAGAACUGUAUCGCACCCUUCCACGGCCAACAUUGAAGAAUAAAGCCUUGCCCGCUUUGGAUUAUUUGUCCGUAUAUGCGAUAGCUGUAAAUGAGGAAAAUGCUGCUGGCGGAAGAGUGGUUACUGCUCCCACGAAUGGAGCGGCAGGCGUUAUUCCUGCAGUGUUGAGAUAUUAUCUGGAAUUUUUUUCUACCGAUCUUAAACACGAUAUUAUAGAAUUUUUAUUUACCGGCGCUGCUAUUGGAAUGCUAUUCAAAAAAGGAGCGAGUAUCAGUGCCGCAGAGAUGGGAUGUCAAGGAGAAGUUGGUGUCGCUUGUAGUAUGAGCGCAGCAGGGUUUGCAGCCGUAAUGGGUGGGACGCCUGAACAAGGCAAGUUCGAAAACGCUGCAGAGAUAGGCAUGGAACACAAUCUAGGAUUGACUUGUGAUCCCAUAGAUGGUCUCGUUCAGAUACCCUGCAUAGAGCGCAAUGCUUUAGGAGCUGUAAAAGCCGUUACUGCCGCACAGCUGGCAUUGAAUGAGACUGGAAAACAUAAAGUGACUCUGGAUCAGGUAAUAGAGACCAUGAGACAGACGGGUUUAGAUAUGCAGAGCAAAUAUAAAGAGACCAGUCAAGGAGGAUUGGCCGUUAAUGUGCCUCUUUGUUAA